CAAUCUCCUGACCUUGUGAUCCUCCUGCCUCAGCUUCCCAAAGUGUUGAGAUUACAGUUGUGAGCCACCACACCCAGGCCUGUCAGAUAAUUUCUUAUGGCCAGUUUUUACAUAGAGUAAUUUUAGGUUUUAUGGCUGGCUUUGGGGAAAAGGGGUUCUGGUUUUUAUAGCUGGCGUUUGAAAAGAAUGGAACUGAGUGACAAGAAGACAGGAGAGGGUCAGAGAAACACUACUUCUGAGGCUGCUGUUGAGGGCUUCAUUUUGGGGUAUUGUCCUCUAAGCCCCAACAGUGUCAAAGUGUACACAAACCAUACACAGCGUUGUUAGGAAAUGGGCUCCUGGCUGGCUCUGUGGAGUAUGUGUGUGUCUGGGUGUGUGGCUGCUGUCUGCAUCCUUCUCCCCCUACCAGCCUCCCCACCUCCUCUCCAGCCACCCAGGGAUUGGUGACUCUCAGCCCCUCCCCUCAGCUCCCCUAGACCCUCCCAGAGCGUUUAUCAGGGAGCUGGGACUGAGUGACUGCCGCCUUCCCAGAUCCCCUCCACUCGGUUUGUCUCUGCAGCAGCACAGGCAGCACCAGUGUGUGAGGGGAGCAGGCAGAGCUCCCAGCCAGCUCCCUGAUCCUGCCAGAUCAUCCAGCCCCAGGCACAGAGCUGGUCCACAGGUAGGCUAUAUCCUCCUCUUCUCCCCCUUACCUGAGUCCUGUCCCUUUGCUCUCCCAGGCACCAUGAGGAUCACGCUGCUAUUCACAGCCAUCCUGGCCUUCAGCCUAGCUCAGAGCUUUGGGGCCAUCUGUAAUGAGUCACAGAAGGAGGUGGCUUCUCGAGGGGGUCACAACAAGAAGAACAUGAAUCUCUACCAGCUGGUCCAGAGACUCUACGAAAUCCACUCCUUCUCUCUGGAGGAACUGCUUGUAGCCCUGAGCCAGGCUAUCUUGGAUUCCAGGGGAUCAGAAACAGCACUUCCCCGGAAACGUAACAUGCAGGACUUGUUUGUGGGACUUAUGGGCAAGAGGAACGUCCAGCCAGACUCUCCUACUGAUGGGAAUCAAGAGAGUAUCCCUAGCUUCGGUACCCUCAAGUAUCCCCCCAGUGCAAAAUGAGCACUCCGCUUUUGGACCCUUGGACUACAUCAGGAAGACCUGUCUCUCUGCCCCAAUCCCCAGGUGCACAUGCUCCUAUUGCCCUUUUUCUUCCCCAUUCUUGUAGCAUUCUUGUGAUUUGACUCCUUCCCCAUCUUUUCCACCUGAUCCUGGCGUGGAAACUACAUAGUGAAUAUCCCCAAUCCUAAUGGACAUUGACUGUAGAGCCCCUUAGAGUCCUGAAGUGAAGAAUAUAACGUCUCUCUACUCCUCAACAAUAAAGGAUUUUUGCAUAUGAA